CUUACCCUCUCUCGGCGGCGGUGGCGGCGGCGGCUUCUUUGUUUCGUGAGGAGAGGCGAGACGCCCACUCUGCCCCCGGCCCCGCGCGGAGGGGCGGGGGCGGCGCCGGGAAGGCGACGGCGCCGGCGGCUCUCGGAGACCACUGUCUGCUGCUCCUGUGAAGAUGUCCACUCCAGACCCACCGCUGGGCGGAACUCCUCGGCCAGGCCCUUCCCCGGGCCCGGGCCCCUCCCCUGGAGCCAUGUUGGGCCCUAGCCCAGGCCCCUCGCCGGGCUCUGCCCACAGCAUGAUGGGGCCCAGUCCGGGGCCUCCCUCAGCAGGACACCCCAUCCCGACCCAGGGGCCUGGAGGGUACCCUCAGGACAACAUGCAUCAGAUGCACAAGCCAAUGGAGUCCAUGCACGAGAAGGGCAUGUCGGAUGAUCCCCGCUACAACCAGAUGAAGGGAAUGGGGAUGCGGUCGGGGGCCCACGCAGGGAUGGGGCCCCCGCCAAGCCCCAUGGACCAGCACUCCCAAGGUUACCCCUCCCCUCUGGGUGGCUCCGAGCACGCCUCCAGUCCGGUUCCAGCCAGCGGCCCAUCCUCAGGCCCACAGAUGUCGUCUGGGCCAGGAGGGGCCCCGCUGGACGGUGCCGAUCCCCAGGCUUUGGGACAGCAGAACCGGGGCCCGACUCCGUUUAACCAGAACCAGCUGCAUCAGCUCAGAGCCCAGAUCAUGGCCUACAAGAUGCUGGCCAGGGGCCAGCCCCUCCCCGACCACCUGCAGAUGGCGGUGCAGGGGAAGCGGCCGAUGCCUGGGAUGCAGCAGCAGAUGCCAACGCUACCUCCACCCUCUGUGUCCGCAACGGGACCCGGCCCCGGCCCCGGCCCCGGCCCCGGGCCAGGUCCGGGACCAGCACCUCCAAAUUACAGCCGGCCUCACGGUAUGGGAGGGCCCAACAUGCCCCCCCCAGGACCCUCAGGUGUGCCCCCUGGGAUGCCAGGUCAGCCCCCCGGAGGGCCUCCCAAGCCUUGGCCUGAAGGACCCAUGGCGAAUGCUGCUGCCCCCACGAGCACACCUCAGAAGCUGAUCCCCCCACAGCCCACGGGCCGCCCCUCACCAGCGCCCCCUGCCGUCCCGCCCGCCGCCUCCCCGGUGAUGCCGCCCCAGACACAGUCGCCAGGGCAGCCUGCCCAGCCUGCCCCCAUGGUGCCUUUGCACCAGAAGCAGAGCCGCAUCACCCCCAUCCAGAAGCCGCGGGGCCUGGACCCUGUGGAGAUCCUGCAGGAGCGGGAGUACAGGCUGCAGGCUCGAAUCGCACACCGAAUUCAGGAACUUGAAAACCUUCCCGGGUCCCUGGCCGGGGAUUUGCGAACCAAAGCGACCAUUGAGCUCAAGGCCCUCAGGCUGCUGAACUUCCAGAGGCAGCUGCGACAGGAGGUGGUGGUGUGCAUGAGGAGGGACACCGCCCUCGAGACGGCCCUCAAUGCCAAGGCCUACAAGCGCAGCAAGCGGCAGUCCCUGCGCGAGGCCCGCAUCACCGAGAAGCUGGAGAAGCAGCAGAAGAUCGAGCAGGAGCGCAAGCGCCGGCAGAAGCACCAGGAAUACCUCAACAGCAUUCUGCAGCAUGCCAAGGAUUUCAAAGAAUAUCACAGAUCGGUCACAGGCAAAAUCCAGAAACUCACGAAGGCUGUGGCCACAUACCACGCCAACACGGAGAGGGAACAGAAGAAGGAAAACGAAAGGAUUGAGAAAGAGAGAAUGCGGAGGCUCAUGGCUGAAGAUGAGGAGGGCUACCGCAAGCUCAUCGACCAGAAAAAGGACAAACGCCUGGCCUACCUCUUGCAGCAGACGGACGAGUACGUGGCGAACCUCACAGAGCUGGUGCGGCAGCACAAGGCUGCCCAGGUCGCCAAGGAGAAAAAGAAGAAAAAGAAAAAGAAGAAGGCAGAAAACGCAGAAGGACAGACGCCUGCAAUCGGACCUGAUGGCGAGCCUCUGGAUGAGACCAGCCAAAUGAGUGACCUCCCGGUGAAAGUUAUCCACGUCGAGAGCGGGAAGAUCCUCACGGGCACAGAUGCCCCCAAAGCAGGGCAGCUAGAGGCCUGGCUUGAGAUGAACCCCGGGUAUGAAGUAGCUCCAAGAUCUGAUAGUGAAGAAAGUGGCUCAGAAGAAGAGGAGGAGGAGGAGGAAGAGGAACAGCCGCAGCCAGCACAGCCUCCCACCCUGCCUGUUGAGGAGAAGAAGAAGAUUCCAGAUCCAGACAGCGAUGACGUCUCGGAGGUAGACGCCCGGCACAUCAUUGAGAAUGCCAAGCAAGAUGUUGAUGACGAGUACGGUGUGUCCCAGGCCCUGGCACGGGGCCUGCAGUCCUAUUACGCCGUGGCCCAUGCUGUCACCGAGAGAGUGGAUAAGCAGUCGGCGCUCAUGGUCAAUGGUGUCCUUAAACAGUACCAGAUCAAAGGCCUGGAGUGGCUGGUGUCUCUGUACAACAACAAUCUGAACGGCAUCCUGGCUGACGAGAUGGGCCUGGGGAAGACCAUCCAGACCAUCGCCCUCAUCACGUACCUCAUGGAGCACAAGCGGAUCAAUGGGCCCUUUCUCAUCAUAGUACCUCUCUCCACAUUGUCAAACUGGGCAUACGAAUUUGACAAGUGGGCCCCCUCCGUGGUGAAGGUGUCCUACAAGGGUUCUCCAGCAGCCAGGCGUGCUUUCGUCCCCCAGCUCCGAAGUGGCAAGUUCAACGUCUUGCUGACGACUUACGAGUACAUCAUUAAAGACAAGCACAUCCUUGCAAAGAUCCGUUGGAAGUACAUGAUCGUCGAUGAAGGCCACCGCAUGAAGAACCACCACUGCAAGCUGACGCAGGUCCUCAACACGCACUACGUGGCCCCCCGCCGCCUGCUGCUGACGGGCACGCCGCUGCAGAACAAACUGCCCGAGCUCUGGGCGCUCCUCAACUUCCUGCUGCCCACGAUCUUCAAGAGCUGCAGCACCUUCGAGCAGUGGUUCAACGCGCCCUUUGCCAUGACUGGAGAAAAGGUGGACCUGAACGAGGAGGAAACCAUUCUCAUCAUCCGUCGUCUCCACAAAGUGCUGCGGCCCUUCCUGCUCCGGCGGCUCAAGAAGGAAGUCGAGGCCCAGUUGCCUGAAAAGGUGGAAUAUGUCAUCAAGUGUGACAUGUCUGCGCUCCAGCGUGUGCUCUACCGGCACAUGCAGGCCAAAGGGGUGCUGCUCACCGACGGCUCCGAGAAGGACAAGAAGGGCAAAGGUGGCACCAAGACCCUGAUGAACACCAUCAUGCAGCUCAGGAAGAUCUGCAACCACCCGUACAUGUUCCAGCACAUCGAGGAGUCCUUCUCCGAGCACUUGGGGUUUACCGGUGGCAUCGUGCAAGGGCUGGACCUGUACCGCGCCUCGGGGAAGUUUGAGCUUCUUGAUAGGAUUCUUCCCAAACUCCGUGCCACCAACCACAAAGUGCUGCUGUUCUGUCAGAUGACCUCCCUCAUGACGAUCAUGGAAGAUUAUUUUGCGUAUCGCGGCUUUAAAUACCUCAGGCUCGACGGAACGACGAAAGCGGAGGACCGGGGCAUGCUGCUGAAAACCUUCAACGAGCCGGGCUCCGAGUACUUCAUCUUCCUGCUCAGCACGCGGGCCGGGGGCCUCGGGCUGAACCUCCAGUCAGCUGACACUGUGAUCAUUUUCGACAGUGACUGGAACCCUCACCAGGACCUGCAAGCCCAGGACCGCGCCCACCGCAUCGGGCAGCAGAACGAGGUGCGAGUGCUCCGUCUCUGCACGGUCAACAGCGUGGAGGAGAAGAUUCUGGCCGCAGCCAAAUACAAGCUCAAUGUCGACCAGAAGGUGAUCCAGGCCGGCAUGUUUGACCAGAAGUCCUCCAGCCAUGAGAGGCGUGCCUUCCUGCAGGCCAUCCUGGAGCACGAGGAGCAGGACGAGAGCAGACACUGCAGCACGGGCAGCGGCAGUGCCAGCUUCGCCCACACUGCCCCUCCGCCAGCGGGCGUCAACCCCGACCUGGAGGAGCCACCUCUAAAGGAAGAAGACGAGGUGCCCGACGACGAGACGGUGAACCAGAUGAUUGCCCGGCACGAGGAGGAGUUUGACCUGUUCAUGCGCAUGGACCUGGACCGCAGGCGCGAGGAGGCCCGAAACCCCAAGCGGAAGCCGCGUCUGAUGGAGGAGGAUGAGCUCCCCUCGUGGAUCAUCAAGGACGAUGCCGAGGUAGAGCGUCUGACCUGCGAGGAGGAAGAGGAGAAAAUGUUUGGCCGAGGCUCCCGCCACCGCAAGGAGGUGGACUACAGCGACUCGCUGACCGAGAAGCAGUGGCUCAAGCAGGCAGACUCUUUCCAAGGUUUAUCCAUGCGGUAGCAAGUAUCAUUCCUUUCCAAGGCCGAGCAGCAUUCUGUUGGACAGGUAGGCCACACGGUGGUGAUGUCUCUGUUCGUGCAGACACUUGGCCUGUUUCCACCCCUUGGCUAUCAUGAACAACGCUGCUGUGAACGUUGUGGACAAGACUUUGUGAGGAAACACGUUGUGCUUUCUCUCACAUAGAGAUCUAGAAAUAGAAUCGCUGAGUCAGAUGGUCUUUUGAGGAGCUGUCAGACUGUUUUCCAAAGCGGCUGCGCCGUUUUGCUUUCCCACCGGCGGCAUGUGACAGAUCCAGUUUCUGCAUAACCCUACCUAUAUUUGUCACCUGCCCUUUGAUUGCAGUCAUUCUGGUGGUUAUGAAGUGGUAACUUCAUUGUGGUCUUUAUUUGCAUUUCCUUGGUGCCCAGUGGGGUAGGACAUCUCCUGAUGUGCUUGUGGGCCAUUUGCGGAUCUUCUUCAAAAGUCAUUUCAUCAGAUGUAUGGUUUGCAGGUAUUUUUUCCUAUUCUGCGGUUUAUUGUUUCACUUUCUCGAUGGCGUCCUUUGAAGCACAAACGUUUUAAUUCUGACGACGUCCAGCGUAUCUAUUUUUCUCCUGCUUGUGCUGCGGUAUGGUGUCUGAGAGUCCGCUGAGAAACGCAGGAGCACAAAGAUUCACCCCCGUGUUUUAUUUCAAGGGGUUUUAGAAUUUCAGCUUUUACACGUGGGCCCAUGGCCCUUUCCGAGCAGUUCUUGUUUAGGGUGUGAGUUAGGGAUCCGACUCCAUUCUUUUACAAGUGGACAGCCAAUUGUUCUAGCCCCAUUUGUUGAGAAGGUGAUGCUUCUCUACAAAGCGUGUGCCUUUUUGUAUGUCAUACCCGUUAAGAAUUUGCAUUAAUAAAACAAAAAACAAAACACAUUUGCCCAAAACAAGUACUCUCUUUUCUUAGUGCUGGCCCUUUAACUGGCCUCGCUUUUCUGGCAGCCGCUCUGGUGCCACAUGUACCAAAACUCUUCAGAAUGUUGCUGGCACGUGCCCUUCUGACCUGCGUGUCCGGGCCUCAGGACCAGAGACCCUAGUCUCGCGUCCCUAGGGUGGCUGCGACAGUGACCACAAACUGGGUUACUUAAAACUACAGCAGUGUAUUUUCUGAUGGUUCUGGAGGCUUAGAGACAAGUCAAGGUGUCAGUAAGACCCUUUUUCCGCUGAAGGUUCUAGGGGAGGCCCCUUCCUUGCCUCCUCCAGCUUGCUGUGGCUCCUUGGCCUGUGGCCCCAUCGUUCCAGUCCACCGCCAUCUUCCGUGGCCUCUCCCCCGUGUGUCUUUGUGUCCUUUCCUGUCUCUCUCGGGGACAUUCUCAUUGGAGCUGUGGGCCCACCCUGACACAGGAUGAUUUCAUUCUGCUCUUUAAGUAAUUACAUCUUUAAACGUCCUAUUUCAACAUAAGAUCACGUUCUGAAGUUGGACACGGACACGAACUUCGGGGAACACUGUUCCACCCUCCGCACCCACCCUGGGCUCCCAGGACACGCCCUCCCCCGUGCCAACCUUGCAGUGGCUCCUGCCUGCCACGCGCUCUUCCAGCCGUUCCUUUGGCCUGGGUACCUUACCCACCCCCUCCCUUCAGAUCUCAGCCUGGUGCUACCUCCUCGGAGGCGCGCCCUUGACCCCCCCGACCUGGGCACGUCUGCCCCACCAUCAGAGCACCACUCACCCUCCUUCUUGGCAAUCGACACGCUUUGUGCCACGCUUGCAAGAUAGUUGUCUGCUUACGCUCUCCCCUCUGUGAGGGGUUUUUUCCCCGCUGUGUCCUCAGCUCAUGGCCCUGUGUCCUGCUCACGGUCACAGCUGACACAUGUGAGGGGAUGACCAGCACAUCCCCGUGAGUCCCGCCCCCACUCUCUUUCCUGAUUCCGGACUCCCCUGGAAACGUGGCUUCUUACUUCUUUACUUGCGGGGAUAAAACAUGCAAGUUGGUUAUUACCUUUGAGAAGUAUGAAGUUGGUAUUGUUUGAAAAUUAAUAUCGUUCAGAUGCAGCCUCUUCUGCUCAGCACUUCCACUUCCACGAAUCCACGUGCAAGCCACACAGCUGUCAGUCGUGGCAUCGAUUACACUGGCACCCCUCCCCCAAACGGAAACCACCUAAAUGCCCAAGAACAGGGGAUGUUUAAACGAGGGUGUGUCGUACGAUGGAAUACUAAGCAGAUAUUCAAAAUUACGUUGCAGAAAAACGGCAGGAAAUACACCCAGAAUAUAGUAAGGAAAAACAUGAGUCCCGUUGUGGUACGUGGAUGUGACCGUAGCUCUGUCCCCAGUCCCGCACGUGUUCGUGGGAAGGGCCGGGAGCAUCCUGAAGGCGGCGGGCAACGCUGGCUGCACGCAACGUGAAUGUACCUGAUGCCAGUGAACCGCACGCUUAAAAAUAGUUACAGCGGUCAGUUUUCUGUUCUGUAUGUUUGGCCAGAUUUUGAGAAAAAUGCAGAGGGUCUAGUGCAGAAGUAUGAACAGUGUCACUGUGGGUGGAGGGAUUCCAGGGUUCAAGUCUUCAGUCUCCAUUCAGUGAGGAUGUGCCUCUAAUUGCUAAAGAAAUGCGACUGUCUGUUUGUCAAGGACAGGCGGGCACCGGGGCACACGGAGGCACACAGGCCUGCCCUGGUCCCCCGGGGCCCGUCGAGAGCCCCUGUGAGCGUCCCGCCCAGCUGUGCCCCGCGGGUCUGCGCCGCGGCCUUUGCCUGUCGACCUCGGUGCUGGCUGUCCUAUUUUACCACUAUUGACCCUGAAGGCCAUCGAGGAGGGCACGCUGGAGGAGAUCGAAGAGGAGGUCCGGCAGAA